UGCAGUACAGUUGUCAUCGAGUAUUGUCGCUGAAUAGAGAUGUCACCUUUCGUUAAGAGUAAAGAAGUUUUGAGUAAACCUGCAUCUGUGCCCCCGGCUGAUAUGAGAGCAUGAGCUAUAUAACAUGAGCUCAAUAUUAAAUAAUGCAUUUUACAAUUGAGAUUUAAUUUAUUGUAUGGGUGCCAUUGUGUGUUAGAUAGAGAACUUUUUAAAUAAUUUAUUAACCUAUCAAUCAUCACCGCUCACGAUGGAACAAAUUUUAAGAGGAAGAUUCGGUCAUAGUGUCCUAAUUAUAUCCAAGACCUACCGGCGUCCAGUCUCUAUAAUAAAUAGCAGGAGUUUGAUGUCAAAUAAACUCAAUAAAAUUUAUCGACCUUUGCUGUCUAAUCCACACACUCGCUAUUAUUUUAAUCCCACCCGCGGUUACCUUAUGGUUGUUGGUAAAGUUUUAAGAGGUGUUUUAAAAAUACGUUAUCUUCUACUUGGUGGUGCUCUGGGAGGUGGUAUGACACUGCAGAAGAAAUAUGAAAGUUGGAAAGAAGGUUUACCUGGGAUAGAGUGGAUCGAAAAUGUCCUACCGAAUGAUCAACAAUGGCGACAAUUCCGAGAAUCUUUAAUUGAUAUUAAAAAUACUUUUUCUGACAGUAUAGAACUUGAUCCGCGUAUCAAAGAAUAUGGCGAAUCUAAAUACAAUGAGUAUAGAUCUUGGUUCAGCCAAAGACUAGAUGAUGCAAUUAAAGCCGCAGAGACUCGACGAUUGGAAGAAGAGUUUAAUGAUUCGUCGGGUGUAUUCGAAGCAAUCACAGCCGUUGCAAACCAAGUAUAUUCAGAUACAAAAAAUGAGCUCACAAAACAUUCAGUGGUAUUUGCACGGCCGGUGUCUAAUGAAUAUGAGGAAGAAAGACGGAAAGCUCAAUCAACGAAGGAACGUAUGGAUGCGAUGCAGGAAGAAAUGAUGCAGACCCAAAUGAAAUAUCAGCGUGAGCUCGAGAGGCUUGAACGUGAAAACAAAGAACUCAGGAAACAAAUGUUACUUCGCGGUAAUCAAAAAGUCAACAGUCGUAAAAUUAAAAAAUCGCUUAUUGAUAUGUACAGUGAAGUACUAGAUGAAUUAAAUGAUUACGACAGUGCCUAUUCGACUGCAGAUCAUUUGCCUAGAGUAGUCGUCGUUGGAGAUCAAAGUUCUGGCAAAACAUCUGUGCUGGAAAUGAUUGCUCAGGCUAGAAUAUUCCCCAGAGGAGGGGGUGAGAUGAUGACUAGAGCGCCAGUAAAAGUGACUUUGAGCGAGGGUCCAUAUCAUAUUGCUCAGUUUAAAGACAGUUUGCGGGAGUUUGACUUGACUAAAGAGUCAGAGUUGGUUGAAUUAAGACGAGAAGUUGAGUUGCGGAUGAAAAAUAGCGUAAAGAAUGGAAAAACUGUCAGUCAGGAUGUUAUUUCCAUGACAGUCAAGGGGCCAGGACUUCCGCGAAUGGUUCUUGUUGAUCUUCCGGGAAUAAUCAGCACAGUCACAGUGGAUAUGGCCGAAGAUACACGAGAUGCUAUUCGACAAAUGACUCAACAGUACAUGAGCAAUCCAAAUGCAAUUAUUCUUUGCAUCCAAGAUGGUUCUGUUGAUGCUGAAAGAAGUAAUGUAACUGACUUAGUUUCACAAAUGGAUCCAACUGGCAAACGGACUAUAUUCGUUCUCACAAAGGUGGAUGUGGCGGAAGAAAAUUCAACGAAUCCAGAGAGAGUAAAAAAAAUUUUAUCCGGUCAAUUAUUUCCCAUGAAAGCUCUAGGAUAUUUCGCCGUAGUUACUGGUCGCGGUAGACAAGAUGACAGUAUUCAAACAAUCAAAGACUACGAGGAAAAAUUUUUUAAAAAUUCAAAGUUAUUCAAAGAUGGUCAAGUAAUGUCAGGUCAAGUUACAACGAGAAAUUUGAGUCUAGCAGUAGCUGAUUGCUUUUGGAAAAUGGUACGCGAGACAGUUGAACAGCAAGCUGACGCAUUCAAAGCUACGAGAUUUAAUCUUGAAACCGAGUGGAAAAAUAAUUUCCCGAGAUUACGUGAAUUAGAUCGGGAUGAAUUGUUCGAGAAAGCACGUGGUGAAAUACUUGAUGAAAUUGUUAAUUUAUCUCAGUUGUCACCGCGUCACUGGGAAGAAGCCUUGAUGAAUAGAAUUUGGGAUAAAGUUAGUAUUCAUGUGUUCGAAGAUAUUUAUUUGCCAGCUGCGCAGACUGGCGAUCAGAAUACAUUUAAUACUACUGUAGACAUAAAGCUUAAACAGUGGGCAGAACAAGAGCUGCCGGCAAUGAGUGUCGAGAGUGGAUGGGGAACUUUGAAGCAAGAGUUUGAAAAUUUUAUGAAACGUGCUAAGAACAGCGCUGAUCAUGAUGACAUUUUCGACAAUCUCAAAAAUGCGGUGGUCAAUGAAGCAGUUCAUCGGCAUUCUUGGGAAGACAAAGCAUCACAAAUGUUACGAGUUAUUCAAUUAAAUGCACUGGAGGACAGAAACGUUAAUGACAAACGUGACUGGGAUGAGGCUGUGAAAUUUCUUGAAACUUCUGUUAAAGAUAAAUUACAGAGUACUGAACAAAAACUCUAUGAGUUGCUUGGACCCGGUACACGAGAGCGUCUACUCUACUGGAAGUAUCAAACUGAAGAACAAGCCAAGCGGACGGCUGUCAAAAAUGAGCUUGACAAAAUCUUAUACUCCGACAAGAAACAUCCACCGACAUUAUCAGAAGACGAAUUAACAACGAUAAGAAAAAAUUUACAACGUAAUAAUUACGACGUUGAUAGUGAAUUUAUUCGUACCACGUGGACCCCCGUUUACAAAAGAUUCUUUUUACUCCAAAGCUUAGCAAGAGCUUAUGAUUGUAAAAAAGCAUUUUAUAUGUAUCAUAGUGGCCAUGAGAGUGAGACUGAGUGCAAUGACGUAGUUCUUUUCUGGAGGAUUCAGCAAAUGUUGAAAGUAACAUCAAAAGCACUGAGACAGCAAAUAAUGAACCGCGAAGCUCGUAGACUAGACAAAGAAAUAAAAGAAGUACUGGAAGACUACAGUCAAGAUAGUGAAGUUAAACAAAAAUUACUGACUGGAAGAAGAGUAGAAUUAGCUGAAGAACUCAAACGUGUCAGGCAAAUACAGGAAAAACUUGAAGAAUUUAUUCAAGCGCUCAACAAAGAAAAGUGAAUACACCAGCCAGUGGAUUGUGUGGCGCAAAAUCUCAUACAAAACAAUUCGAAAUAUAAAUAAUAAUAAUAAUAAUAACAAAUGUAAUAAUGAGGCAACAAUACGGAGUGAUCGAUUGUUCGACUCGUGUGCAUGUGUGUUAAUACGUUGACACUUGAAUUGAGUUAUUGCCGUGAUGAGACCUGUAAUAAAUUUAUUAAGUCGUGUCCUUGACAUGUUAAAGUGAAUCGUGUAAAAAGUAUCCAGCGUACAUCAUUAAUUUAGUUUAUUGUUAUUAAUGGACAUUAAGUAUCUAAUUCGAAUUUAUUUAUCAACUUAUUACAGUACAGUGCGAUGUUCACAUGUAGAUAAUUAAUUUAAUAAUGUUAUCUCGGCGAAUACACUGCAGGCAGUGCACUAGUAAUGUGCAAAGCUAAAUAUUACAAAAAUUGUAUCAUACCACGACACACGUAGAUAACUUAAAAUUAUUGUUUAUUUUAUUCUGCUUCUCAUGCGCACUUUGCUGUCGGGGAAGCCAAGUAAAUAAAUAAAUAAAUUUUAUUCAU